GAGCGCGGCGCGGGCAGCGCGGGCGGCGGCGGCGGCAGCGCGGAUCUCGGGCUGACUUUCGAGCCUCCCGCGUCUUUUUCUCCUUCUAGAACUUAUAAUUUCUGCUCGCGUUCCCGCGGCGCCCCGCGGAGGGCGCGCACCCCUCCGACCCCACAGCACCGCUCCGCCGGGCGGGCGCAACGCGCGGCCGGCCCGCCGAUGCUCAACAUGACCGAGGAGCGCGACAAAGCGCUGGAGGCUCCGUGCAGCCCCGCCGGCACCAGCAGCUCCAUGUCGCACGUGGACUCGGACUCGGACUCGCCGCUCUCCCCCGCCGGCUCCGAGGGGCUGGGCUGCGCCCCCGCGCCCGCCCCGCGCCCGCCGGGCGCCGCCGCCGCCGCGCUGGGGACCAAGGUGGACGCGGCCGAGGUGGACGAGCGCUUCCCCGCCUGCAUCCGCGACGCCGUCUCGCAGGUGCUCAAGGGCUACGACUGGAGCCUGGUGCCCAUGCCCGUCCGCGGCAACGGGUCGCUGAAAGCCAAGCCGCACGUCAAGCGGCCCAUGAACGCCUUCAUGGUGUGGGCGCAGGCCGCCCGCAGGAAGCUGGCGGAUCAGUACCCGCAUCUGCACAACGCCGAGCUCAGCAAGACGCUGGGCAAGCUGUGGCGUUUGCUGAGCGAAAACGAGAAGCGUCCCUUCGUGGAGGAAGCCGAGCGGCUCAGGGUGCAGCACAAAAAGGAUCACCCGGAUUACAAAUACCAGCCCCGGAGGAGGAAAAGCGUCAAAGCCGGGCAGAGCGACUCGGACUCGGGGGCUGAGCUCAGCCACCACGCCGGCACUCAGCUCUACAAGGCCGACACGGGGCUGGGGGGCAUGCCCGACUCCCACCACCACGGGGACCACACAGGCCAGCCCCACGGACCCCCCACGCCGCCCACCACCCCCAAAACCGACCUGCACCACGGCGGCAAGCAGGAGCUGAAGCACGAGGGCCGGCGCUUGGCGGAGAGCAGCCGCCAGAACAUCGACUUCAGCAACGUGGACAUCUCGGAGCUGAGCAGCGAGGUCAUCAACAACAUGGAGACCUUCGACGUGCACGAGUUCGACCAGUACCUGCCCCUGAACGGCCACGCCGCGCUGCCGGCCGAGCACGGCGCCGGCUCCUACGGCGCAUCCUACGCGCACUCGGGCGCGGCCGCCCAGGUGUGGACUCACAAGAGCCCGGCCUCGGCCUCCCCGACGGCCCCGGAGCCGGGCCAGCAGCGGCCCCACAUCAAGACGGAGCAGCUGAGCCCCAGCCACUACAGCGAGCAGCCCCACGGCUCCCCGGCGCACUCCGACUCCUACGGCUCCUACGGCGCCCAGCCUUGCGCCACCUCGGCCGCCCCGGCCGCCGCCUCCUCCUCCUCCUUCUCCAGCUCGCAGUGCGACUACACGGACCUGCAGAGCUCCAACUACUACAACCCCUACCCCGGCUACGCCUCCAGCCUCUACCAGUACCCCUAUUUCCACUCCUCGCGCCGCCCCUACGCCACCCCCAUCCUCAACGGGCUGUCCAUCCCACCGGCGCACAGCCCCACCGCCAACUGGGAGCAGCCCGUCUACACCACCCUGACCAGGCCUUAAAAGGAUUCCCGGAGCCUCCCCGGGCUCCCCUGGAAUUAUGCACUAAUGAAGGAAUGAGGAGGAAGAGCGUGGAGUGUUCCAAAGUGCCUCCUGAGCCGCUGGGAACUUUCUGCUGGUCGCCGCCUUGCUUCGGAACUCCGCCGAAAGGACAGAGCUCUAUUGUUGUUUUGUUUUUUUUUUUUUUCCUUUGAUUAGGGUUUAAGAAAUUAAAAAAAAACUCAAAAAAAACCCCACAAACAAACAAAGGACAAAAAAUUAAGAAUAAGAUGAAAAAAAUACAGCGGGAAAGGAAAAGGAUCGGUGAUGCCUUUUGAGUAAAUGAAGGACAAAAUGUUGGGCUGAGCCGAACUCGCUCGGCCUGGAAGUUUGGCCAAGUGCAAAACGUGGAGCAGGGGUGGAGACAAAACGACGACAAAAAAGCUGUUUGAGACUUUCAGGGUCUAUUGCAAUGUGAGGAACGGACCAACCUUGAGGGCAGGAACUCACUGGGACCAACAGGGAUGAGCCCCAAAAUCUCAGAAAAAUCCCGUGGGAAGAGUCUGAUGGGACCAACCAAUUCAGUGUCUGAAGUGUUUGUUGAUUUAUUUUUAUUUUUUUUUGUUUCAGUCAGGAGUUCUUCUAAGCAAGGUUUGGCUGUAAUUAACAUUUUGUUUUGGGGUUUUUUUUGUUUUGUUUUUGGAAGCUUCAAAUGUUUUCGGUUGUUUUGGUUUUGUUUUUUUUUUUUUUUAAAUCUGUUAAAUAUGUAUUUAUGUUCUGUAUUAUUUUGUCUUUUAAUUAAUGAAGUCGUUUUGUGCAAAACGGAAAAAAAAAGUAGAACUUUUAAAAGAUUUUAAAGAUGGGGGAGGGAGCCUAAAAAAAUUAGUGGAGAUGAUACAAUAAACUGGUGUUAUGAGUCUAUAGAUUUUCCUUGGUUUUUGGGUUUUUUUCAUUUUGGAACCGCUGCAGGAGCCGUGCUGGAGAGAGGGACUGAAGGAAUCCGCCUGGAAACUCCAAUGGGAAUGUCAAAUAACCGGGGGGGCAAUUACUAAUUCAAUUGGGAGGCUCAAAUGCUGCCUGAAAAGGGCAGGUGAUUUUCUGGCCACCUGUUUUGGGCUGUUAAAAUCGGAUUUCAGGAGUCUUCGGAGGCUUUCAGAACCAGGACUACUUUAAAGGAGCUGUAAUUCCAUGAGAAACCAUCGACUUCUGCUUUAAUUUUGGCUUCUAGGGACCAGAUAUCAUCCAUCAAGCUGUGAAACUAAAAUCUCCUCCACUAAAAAUAAUGGGGUUUAGGGUACUUAGUUUUUAGACUAAUAUUUCAUUGAUAUAUUUCUACUUCUUCCAUUGUAUGCUGAGCAUAUAAAUAACCAUCUAUUUUAUGGGAAUUUGUGCCUUUAAAAGCCUUUGUAAAUCUAAACCCACCUUUCAGAGGUUAUUCAUCUUUUUACCUUUUCUACGUUUCCUACUCUUUUUUCUAAAAGAUAUUUUUUUGCAUAUUUCCUUUCGUGGGGAGGGGCGGGGAGGGACACGCUGGGCUGGGGGAAAAGACAAAAAAAGCUCAUUUUUAUGCAAUCUAUUUUUCUGUAUAAAGUUUGAAAGACUUUUGGUUGUUACUGAUCUGUUCUCUUCACUCGCUUCUGACUAAGCAAUGCUAACUUUUGUACAGAUCCAUUUGAUAAAAUUAAAAAGUGCUUUUUAUCAAG